GACGCGUCUCCAUGGCGGCGGCGGGCAGCGGGUACCGCCGGGAGCGGGCCCUGGCCCUGCGGAACAGCAGCUCCGCCCUGUACAACAACCUGACCGUGCUGUGCCCCCCCGCGCGGCCCCCCCGGGCCUUCGGCGCCGUGCACGGCACCACCCUCAGCCUGCUGGGACCCGAGGGGCCCCCCCGGCAGCUGCCGGCGCGGGGGGGGGGCUCGGCCCUCAGCACCCCCCUGCUCACACAGGCCGCCUGGUGCGAGCUGCCAGCCCGGGUGCUCCUGGUCCUCACGUCCCAACGCGGUGUCCAGAUGUACGAGGCCGACGGCUCCACCCUGGUGUUCUGGCACGCGCUGGACGUCCCGGAGCACCCGGCGGCACAUUCCGUGUUUGCCCGAGGCAUCUCCGCGGCCGGGGAGCGCUUCAUCUGUGUGGGGACGUCCUCCGGGGCUGUGCUGGUGUUUGACAUCCCCCCCAAAGGCACCAACGUGACCCUGAGCGAGGUCCUGGAGCAGCACCGGGAUCCCGUCACCGACAUCGCGGCCGAGCAGGGCCAGGCCCCGGAGGCAGCUGGGGAUCUGGUGACAGCUGAUGACUCUGGGACCCUCUGCUUGUGGAGCACCGGGGAGGAGUUCACCCUGCUCGGAAAGAUCCCGGGAUCUGGCUGCACCUGCUCGUCGGUGACGCUGUGGAACGGGAUCGUGGCUGCGGGCUACGGGAAUGGGCAGAUCCGGCUGUGGGAGGCAGGGACGGGGCAGCUCCGUGCCCAGGUGAGCGCCCACGCCCGCUGGAUCUACGCCCUGGACCUGGCACCGCUCACCGGAAAGCUGCUGUCGGGCGCAGAGGAUUCCUUUGUCCACGUCUGGAAGCUCAGCAGGGACCCGGACACAGAUGACGUCGAGAUCCGGCACUGCCACGCCGAGUGCGUGACGGACACGCAGGUCUGUGGCGCCCGCUUCUGUGACCCCGCCGGGGACACCUUCGCUGUCACCGGCUACGACCUGAGCGAGAUCCUCUGCUACGGCCCGGCCUGAGCCGGGAACGCCGGGAACGUCGGGAACGUCGGGCCCAUCCAGCACCAAGGGUGAGGGGUGAGCACAGACCCCCCUCCAGCUCCGAGGGGAUGUGAGGGGGGAGCUGGGCCGGAUCCCCCCGUGCCCGAAGCCCUGCCGAGGGCCGGAGCUGCUCCGGAGCCAGCCCAUCAAGGGGAUCCCCGAGAUACUCCCAUGGCCCCCCCUCCAGGUCCUGGGAUCCUCCCGUGGCCCCCACCCUUCCCGGAGGGCUGCGUGGCUGGGAACGGGCUCGGCCCAGACGGGAGGAUCCUGGGAAACCUGUGCUACCUGCUGCUCUGCCCCGGCCAGGAGAGCCCUGAGCCCGGCCCAGCCCUGAGCCCGGCCCAGCCCUGAGCCCGGCCCAGCCACGGGGCAGCUCCCGCCGGCCCCGCCCCGAGAACUCCGGUCACACGGGGACCGGGAUGGGAGGGAGUGGGGGAACAGUGGGGACACGGGGAGUCUGGGAGACCCCGCACCCCCGUGGGACCUCACAGCCCUGUGGGACCCCAACCUCUUCUAGGACCCCACGACCCCACAGCCUCAUGGGACCCCAAGCUCCCGUGGGAACCCACACCCCCGUGGGACCCCACAGCCCCACAGCCACUGGCCAGAUGUGCGAGGCCCCAGCUGUGCUCCGGGGCUGGAAACUGCAGCAGCAGCUGCAGCAGUACCUCAGGGACGUCCUCAGGUCCCCCCGGCUGCCCCUGACCCCCCCGGGGGGCUGCCCUGCCCUGGCCCCCCCGCAGGAGCUGCCGUGACCCCAGGCUCUGCUCCCAGGGCCUUGUGAGGCCGUGGGGAGGACACAGAGACAAGGGGGGCUCAGCCUGGGACAGGCCCUGACGGGGGGGAGCCCCCAGCCUGCCCCCCCAGCCACUCCUGCCACGCUGGGGGACGAGCCACGGACAGGGAUCUGCCCCCCCAGUAAAUGACCCCACCCCUGUGUCCCACUUGUGUCUCCCCCAACCCGUGAGCUGCACCCCCAUGUGUGGGUCAGGGCCCCCCAUUCCUGUUCCCAACCCUCAUGUACUUCAUAUCCACCCCAAUAAAUACACCCCAAUGAA